AUGACUUCAGUUGAUGAAGUAAGUGAUGUAAUUCAUAAUAAGAUGGGGAAUGAUUCUACAGUAUCUCCAACAUUAGCUUCAGUUCCAACAACUACUUGCGUAUCUCCAGUAUUAGAAGGCAAACCUAUACCAACAAAUAGUUAUAUAGAGGCACUAUUGCAAAAUUCAAAUAACAAUAUUGCGUACAAUUUAAAUAAUUCUAAUUUAGCUACAAAUAUUAAUGCAAAUAAUCCUUAUUUUACAACUAAUCCAUUGUGCCAGUUAAAUGGCAUGACCUUAUUUCCUGGUCUUUUAACGGAUUAUUAUACAUCUUUACUUCAAAAUACUAAUAAUACGGGAAUUGGUGACACAGCUACUCAAAUUAUUAACUCAAAUGCUUCUAGGAUACCGCAGAGUACAACUAGUAAUCCUGGAAUAUUACCAUCUACUGUGCAGCAAACAGGUAUUUCCGUAUCUCCACCACCUUUCAUUAUACCACACAAUCCAGCAUUAUUUAGCAGAUUUUCAGGUUUAUAUAGUACUAAUACUUUAAGUGGAGUAACUCCACAGCCAGCAAUAGUUUCAAGUAAUACUGGACCAAAGUUACCAGUAGUUAAUCCCUAUAAUUCUUUACCAUAUAAUUUUUCCAAUUGGAUAUCACCAAUAUUAUCACCAAUGAUACUUAAUAGUAAUCCCCAAGCUAAUAACCAAAAUUUGGAUGAUAUUAAAACACAAUCUAGUACUAAAUUACGUAAAACUGUGCGUGGGAAUUUAGGUAUAGAGGCAUCUGGUAAUUAUAGUAAUGUAGGACUAAAUAGAAGUGGGCAAAGAGGAAGAAUUAAAAAUAGUAAAAAAAAUAGUAUGAAGUUGAAUAUACAAGAAGAAUCUUUAACAAGAGAACUUUCAAAUGUAAAAGAUACUAAGGCAUUCAAUACUUCCAGACGGUCAACUUCUGAAAUGAGUACUACACCUUUAUUGGGAGCAUCUGAUCAAUUUUGUAAUAUAGAGUCAAGUGAAAUGCUAAGGCUUCAUCAUGCAAGGAAAUAUAGAUUAGGUGAUCAAGGUAGAGCUCUUUUGAAAAGUGAACUUUCUGCAUAUUUAAGAAAUAAUCCAGAAAAACGUAUAGAAGCAAAUAAGGUAGCAGAUAUACGAAAUGCAACAACAAAGCAAUUGUGGCAAAUAGCUGCAAUGUGUGGAUUAGAGGAACGAUUUAUAAAUUUACACGCUCAAUCAUUAGCUCAAAGUAAGGAGAAAAUGAAUAUCAGAGGGAUAAAACGGAAAAGUAGUGUUAUUGACGAGGGAAAUUGUACUGGAACUAUUAAGUCUGAAAGUAUUGAAUCAUCUGAACAUUUUCGUGUGAAUUCCGUAUCGUCUUUGGAUGAAUUAGCCUCUUUAGCAACAAUUUUAGAUAAAAAUACUACUCAAAGACAAGAAAACACUGCAAAUAUUGAUACUAAUUGCAACAUUGCUACUGAUUUAAUAGAAAAUAAAUUGGAGAUAACAUCAAAUGAUAUUAAAAGUAGUAAAGAAACAAUUGGGACUCCAGAAGGUAUUGGAACUAGCAACUCUUAUAUAAAAUCACUGGAAUCAAGUUAA